AUGACCAUGUCCCAUCACGUCCUGUCCCAGCUUUCAGUUCUCCAGGCCGCCGUGGGCGCCGACUGUGAGAUCCUGCGCGACCCCCUAGACGCACACUUUCAGCAACGUCUAGCUCGAUGGACUGAUAUUGACCGGAAGGUUCCGGCUGCCAUUGUCCUUCCUCGGACGGAGGAUGGCUGUCUGAAGACGGUGCAAUGGGCCCUCAAAUUAAGCAUUCCAUUUGUGCCCAAAAGUGGUGGUCAUAGUCCAUGGUCAACCAUUGGAACAGAGGGAAUCAUUAUCGAUCUCAGCUUGUAUUCUGAUGUUCGCGUUGAUGCGGGUGCAAGAACAGCAACCGUGAUUGGCAGUGUUCUGGCCAAGGAAGUGUCUGUGCGUCUAGCAGAAGCGGGUCUUUUCACAGCACUCGGAAACGGCAACAGCGUUGGUGCCAUCCCAUACCUGCUUGGUGGCGGUGGCUCGAUCACCAAUUCCAUCACCGGCUUCGGAUCGGAUCAGAUUCUAGCGGCGCGCGUAAUCACAGCAAAGGGGGAGCUGAUCGAAGUUACAGAAGAAACACACCCAGACCUACUCUGGGCAGUAAAAGGAGCUGGCCAAUUCUUUGGCCUCGUCACACAGCUCACCGUUCGUGCGCACCCUUUGUCGCUACUGCGGAAACAACAAGGCCUGAUCUGGGUGGGGGGCUUUAUCUUCCCACUUGAUCGGGCGGUGGAGGUGGCUCGAGUUAUGAAGCAGAUCAUGGAUGAUCCCCAGCACGCGACGGCGGGCCUCAUGAUGAUCAUUGCCCCGCCACCCGCGCGCAUUCCAUCUCUGGUGAUUUCCGCCCGCUAUACCGGUGAUGAAGCUCCCGAGGUGCCAUUCAAAGCUCUGUAUGAUCUUCAGCCCACCGCCACAACGGGAAGAGAGCUACCCAUUCAGAAUGUCAAUGAUGAGCGAGAAGCGCUGUGCGCGAAAGGCGACUUCAAGAGAUUCGAUAUCGUAGGGUUGCAUGAAUUUUGUAACGACAGAUUUGUGCAGGCCAUCGAAGUCUGGAAGAAAUUGAUCCAUGAGUGCCCUGAUGCCAAUAACUCAGCUUUCAAUCUACAGUGGGACUCACGACCAGUUAAGACGCCCGAGAAGGAGUCUGCCAUGUCGUCGCAUGAUAUCCGCUACUGGCAAGUCAAUAUUAUCUGGCAUACAGAUGAGAAGAACAGGCGCAAGGUUGACGAGUACAACGAUGAGUGCGUUGCCUUGAUGAGGGGGCCGGACGAAACACGGUACAUUGAUUUCCAGAACGCGACUCGGACGGGUCCUAUCCAGCGUCGGUAUCGGGGAGAGGCUCGGCUAGAGAAGCUUCGACAGCUCAAAAGAGAAUGGGAUCCUCGGGGAGUGUUUACCAGGCAAUUGCUGGAUAUGGAUUGA